AUCACCUGGUCACAGCAAUUCCAGCCUGUGUGACUUCAGCCUCCUCUUUCCCCACUUCCUCAAUUCAGCUUCUCCCACAGGUCCAGGAGCAGCUGCGUCUCUGAGGAGAUGCUGGUGGCUUCAGGGUCACACCUCACAGACUAAGGUCCCAGUCAGAGCCACCCUGAGCGACAGUGGCUGAGCAGGCGCCCAUGAUCCAUGGGCCGGGUAUGCAGAGCAGGCAGCCGCUGCCAUGCUCCAGGCAGCUGGGCUGGGGGAGCCGGUGCUCCCGGGGGGGAGGCAAGCCCUUCGUGUUGACCCUUUUGCCCUGGGCUGUCUUUUGUGACAUGGCCACCUCCACUACCCCCCCGGGCAGGUUCCAUGGCCUUUUCUGAACUCCUGGACUGUGUGGGCGGCCUGGGCAGAGUCUGGGUUCUGCAGACUGUGGCCCUGGUGGUCCCCAUCAUGAGGCUGACCACUCAGAACAUGCGGGAGAACUUCUCGGCCGCCGUGCCCAACCACCGUUGCUGGGUGCCCCUUGUGGACAACAACACUGCCCAGGCCAGCGUCCCUGGGGCCCUGGGGCCCUGUCCCGAAGCCCUCCUGGCCGUCUCCACCCCACCAGGCCCCAACCAUGGGCUCCACCAGUGUCACCAAUUCUGCCACCCACAGUGGCAGCUCCUGGACCCCAAUGUCAUGGCCACCAACUGGAGCGAGGCUGCCACCGAGCCGUGCGUGGACAGCUGGGUCUACAACCGCAGCACCUUCACAUCCACCAUCAUGGCCAAGUGGGACCUGGUGUGUGACUCUCAGGCCCUGAAGCCCAUGGCAUCCAUCUACCUGGCUGGGAUCCUGGUGGGAGCUGCCACGUGUGGCCAAGCCUCUGACAGGUGGCUGGCGGAGUCAGCACGAUGGCUUAUCAUAAUGGGCAGGCUGGAACCGGGCCUGCAGGAGCUACGGAGGGUGGCUGUCAUCAACGGGGCCGGGCCGGUGCCCCCAGUGCUAACGGUGCCCCCCACCCACCAGGUCUUGCUCUCAGCCAUGCAGGAGCUGAGUGUGGGCCAGGCUUCUGCCAGGGGCGCUCUGCUCCGCACACCUGGACUGGGCCUCCGGACCUGCGUCUCUGCCCAGUGCUGGUUUGCCUUUGGGUUUGCCUUCUUCGGCCUGGCCCUGGCCCUGCAGGCCCCAGGCAACAACAUCUUCCUGCUCCAGGUUCUCAUCGGGGUCGUUGAUAUUCCGGCCAAGACCGGCGCCGUGCGGCUGCUGAGCAGCCUGGGCUGCCGGCCCACGGCGGCACCCCUGGUGCUGGCCGGGCCCUGCAUCCUGGCCAAGACACUGGUGCCCCACGAUAUGGGGGCCCUGCCUUCAGCCCUUACCAUACUGGGGCUCGGUGGGGUGGGGGCCACCUUCCACUGCAUCACCAUCUAUACUAGCGAGCUCUUCCCCACCAUGCUCAGGAUGACCAUGGCAGGCCUGGGCCAGAUGGUGGCCCAAGGGGGAGCCAUCCUGGGGCCCCUGGCCUGGCUGCUAGGUGUACAUCACGCCUCGCUGCCCCUGCUGGUGUAUGGGGCAGAGGCAGUGCUGAUCACCCAGAGCCUGCCGCUGCCUGACACCAUCCAAGAUGUGCGGAGCCAGGCGGUAAAGAAGGCAACACACAGCGCCCAGGGGCAUCCUGUCCUAAAAUCCAUACGGUUUUAGGCCUCCUGGGAAGCCUGCGAUGGGAUGGUGGGAAGAGCCUCUUCUCUGCAGAAGGAGAGCAAAGGCAUCGAUUUCUGGAGGGCCUGGGGGCUGCCCCACCAGCCAAGCCCAACCUCUCCCUGCUUAAGGAGCUGCCUUCAACACAGAAGGGGGCAAAGGGUAGUGUGACUGGCAGGAAGCUGCCUAGGCCACCAGCACCCGACCCUCCCUCAAGGCUGCAAAGAGGAUGGGAGGCCGGGUCAUAGAAGGGGCAGGACUCAACCCUGUGCUCCCCUCACUGCCUCUGAGCUUAGAGUCUGAGCAUCCCCUGUGCUCAAAACCUCCCCACACUCCAGCCAUAUGGCCAGUGCCCCUGGCCACAUCUUCUGCUUGCAAUGCCUCUGCCACCUUCUCCACCUGACGUACACCCCCACUCAGCCUCCCAGACCCAGGGCAAUGGCCUCUUUCUGAGGCCCAGCCCAAGGCACUAGUGAAAUUCUUAUCAUGGCCACAGCCACACGCUUGUACCCCACCCCACCAGCCUAUGAAUUCCCAGAGGGUUGAGGUGGUCUGCUUCCCAAUAUCCCCAGCUCCCAGGGGCACUGGUGUGAAGGAGAUGAGAGAGUGAACAAAGGAACAAAUGACUGCCCCUCACUGACUCCAGUGAUGAGUCCCAGGGUCUGCCCAGGUUGGGGGCUCUUGUUGGGCAGCCCUGUCCCAGGCCAGCUUUCCUGCCCCAAGUGCCAGCCGUGUGGCUUCUCUUUCCAGCCCCUGCUGUAGGCCAGGUGCCGUGCUGGACGCCUCAAGGCAUCAUCUCACCUCUUUUCCUGAACCCUUUGAGGGAGAUUUGCCCCAUUUUACUUAGGGGAAAACUAAGGCUCGGAGAAACUGAUUACAUGACACCCAGCUAGGAGGGGGCAGAAUCAGGAGUCACGCCCAGGAAGGUCUCCAGAGCCCAGCUCCAGCCACAACACAUCCAGCCCGCCCUCAGUCCUCACAACUGGGGCAUCCAUCCAGUGAUGCUUCUCAAGGCAGGAGCUCCCUCUCAGAACCACCUCAAGAGGGGAGGGUACAGCUCUAGUGGUAGAGUGCAUGCUUAGCAUGCAUGAGGUCCUGUGUUCAAUCCCCAGUACCUCCUCUAAAAAUAAAUAAACUUAAUUAUCUACCCCCAAAAGUUAAAAAAAAAAGGGGGAAACAUCUUGGACCCCGCCCCCCAGCACUGCUUAUGGGGGAACCUGGUGCGAGGACUUAGACAGAAAGGGACCCUGGCUAACACACACACACACACACACACACACACACACACACACACGGCAGCGGGAGGCUUUUUCUGCCCAGCAGGGUCCCCGCCAGCCGCCCCAUCUGCUGAGCCACCCCAGACCCGUGCUCAGGUGGUCUCUGGUCCACCUGUGUCUGCGUCUCUACUUCCGGGCACCAUAGCAAUGGGCUACACACCUCGACAUAGAUACACACCAGACAUUAGUGAUGCGUACGCUUGUGGGCACGCUCAUGAGAAAGCCAAUGGGAAAUCAGGAAGCAGCUCCUUGCCCCCAGGAGACGGGAUCGCUCCCUGGCUUGGUCUUAUCAGCUGUGGCCCCUGGGCCUCUGGGGGGUUGUGUCCCUUAGCUCUCUGCCUGUGGCCACCCCCCAGUGAAGACCCCCCAGGACAAAGAGGGUGGGGGUGGGGAUUAUGUUUGUAAAGAUGCCCAAAUGUGAGGUUGUGCCAGCCUGCUGUGGACUUUCUGUCUUGUCUGCCUCUGCCCAGCUGAGCCUCAGCUGCCUCUCCUACUCUUGCUUAGCAUUCUUGGGCCCCUGGGAAUCAUAUCCAGAAGCUUCCAGAAGGCAGAACCCAAGGCUGGUGGAAGAUGAAUCCUCCUAUCCCCUGGGAUGUCCUCCAGGUCACCAAGUGGUCAGAGUUGUCCCUCUGCCCAAAUUCAGAGUAGUCUUGCUUGCUCCAGGCCCUUCCAGAUGGUCACAGCCUUCCAGAACCCAAGGCCUUCCCACUUCCAAUAUGUCACCCCUCACUCAACUCAACAGGACCUAGAAGCUGGAAGGCCCAGGGCUCUGCCCCUCUGAGGCAGCAAGGGAGUAAGUGUCAACUCCGUGGUGGAGCAGGUGCCCUGCCAAGGGAAUAGGGGUCUCCCUGGGGGGCAGACACAGGCCUGCACUCCAGCUGGGUGCUGCCACCCUAAUGGCAGGACUUCACUUAGGACACACCCUCUAUCUGAUGCUCAUCACAGAGACCUCCUGGCCCCUGGAGCUGCUGGGCGCCCUGCAAUGGCAGAGCAAGUGGGUCACUGCCAGGCCAGCCGGACCCCAAGGAGCCCAGGUCAGGCCCAGGUGUUAAGAUCAACAUCAGAUGCACAAGACGAAGGAGCUAAGACCAAGGUGAUCAUCUCACAGAUGGGUAUCCAGAGUCAGCGACAGAAUCCAGGCAUCUUUCCUCUUACAAGUCCUUGAGGGCAGGGCUCUUAGCUUCCUUAUGCAGAGGGGAAAACACCCAGUCCCCCCGCCACGACAAUGAGCCUGACUGGGGCCCAUCCUUCCAGCUCUUGCACUGUCCCUCUUUCUGGCCCCUACUCUGACAGACUAUUCAAGGCUACUCUAGAAUUAAUUUCUGGAGUAAAGAUGUUCCCUUCUCGA